ACAGUCAGACCCACGGCACGGUGAUAGAGCAGCGGCACUGACACGACAGCACAAACAGAACAACCGCGCAGUAACACAAAGGGGGGGCGCAACACCCGACUGCUUCACGCGAGCUGUCUUAACGCCGUCUCGUAGUUCGUGUAUAUACAUAACACUCUAUGACAGCGAGCUGUCAGUGUGACACCCGCGGUAUACAAACUGACAGGUUACAUAUGCAUGCAUAAAGGGACAUGCACACACGCAUAUACGUGUAUAAAGCAGGUAAUAGCGCAGUAUAAAGAUGCUUAAAGCUAAUGCAACUCGCUACUCCUAAAAACACCUAGCGGCGUAAUCUGCUGUGAAUACACAGUGACACCCAGUCACAUAACAUCGGGAGAAGGAAGCGCACAGGGCAGGCGGUCCCCGGGAUAAAAUGCACAGGUGCAGCCAGCUGUAGCCACUCAGCAGCCUCCUUAGCCCCAAAUCUUCCGACACACAGACAGUUAUACCCAUUUCCUGCAAGCACUUCCUGUAUCCAGAGCCAUCAUGCUGGAGUCUGUGGUGGCUGAUCUCCUGAACAGGUUUCUGGGGGAUUACGUGGAGAACCUGGACAGAUCCCAGUUGAAGCUGGGGAUCUGGGGGGGUAAUGUUGCGCUUGAAAACCUCAAGAUCCGAGAAAAUGCUUUGAGUGAACUUGAUUUACCUUUUAAAGUGAAGGUUGGACAGAUUGAAAAGCUCAUAUUGAAAAUCCCCUGGAAGAAUUUGUAUGGAGAUGCAGUGGUUGCUACACUAGAUGGUUUAUAUCUGUUGGUGGUGCCAGGAGCAAGUAUAAAGUAUGAUGCAGAGAAGGAGGAGAGACUGGUUCAGGAAGCCAAGCAGCGGGAACUGCUACGGAUUGAGGAAGCUCUGCAGAAAGCUGCUGAGAAAGGAGUUCCUCAGGACUUUUAUAACUUGCAGAGCUGUGUGUAUAGGAAUGUCAAGUCCGGACCUAAACUUAAAAAACAUAAACAUUUUAAAAACCGAUUUAAAGUUCUUGACAGUAAAAAAGACAAACCAAAGGAGCAAAAGAAAGACACAUUCUUGGAAAAACUUGCAACACAGGUCAUCAAAAACCUUCAGGUCAAAAUCACAAACAUCCACAUCCGAUAUGAAGAUGAUAUUACAGAUGCAACGAUUCCUGUGUCUGUGGGAGUUACGCUGGAAGAGCUGAGUCUUCAGACUUCCAAUGAAUCAUGGACCCCAUGCAUAUUAAAUGAAGCAGCUAAAAUAAUAUACAAGCUGGUCCGUCUGGAUAGUUUCAGCACCUAUUGGAAUGUGAAAAGCCCCAUGUAUUACCACAAGUCCAGUGAAAAUAUCUUGGCUUUUUUGAAACAUGGGACCAUGUCUAGCAGCAGAGUGCCUGAAGAUUACCAGUACAUCUUCAAACCGGUAUCUGCUUCGGCAAAGCUUUAUAUAAAUCCUGACGCAGAAGUAGAGUUGAAGACUCCAAAACUUGAUUGGAACAUGGAAGUCCAGCACAUUGCAAUUGAACUUACAAAACCACAGUACCUGAGCAUGAUUGACCUGCUGGAAUCUGUGGAUUACAUGGUUAGGAAUGCACCCUACAGAAAAUACCGACCAGAGAUUCCCUUUAAGGAAGACAUCAGAAAAUGGUGGGUCUACGCUAUCACUAGCAUCCUUGAGGUUCAUGUGAGAAAGCGAAACCGUGUGUGGUCAUGGAAAAACAUAGAGGAACACAGAACAAACCUGAAAGCGUACAAGAACGCAUACAAAAGCAAACUAACCCAGAGCAAGCCCCCAGAGGACCUAAUAAAGGAGCUACAGAAUCGUGAGAAAACGCUUGACGUCCUUAAUAUUGUCUUAGCCAGAGAGCAAGCUCAAGCAGAGGUUAUACGAUCGGGCCAAAAGUUGCUGGCUAAAAAGUCAUCUCAGAGUGGAGAGAAGAAGAGUGGUGGCUGGUUUGGUAGCUUCUGGGGAAAGAAGGAAGCUGUAAAAAAAGAAGACUCUGAUGAACUUUCUGUCCCUGAAAAAAUUGAUGAUAUUAUGUCACCUGAGGAAAAGUCAAAACUAUUUACUGCAAUUGGGUAUAGUGAGAGUUCCUACAACCUCACCCUGCCCAAAACGUAUGUGGCCCAUGUUCUGGGCUUCAAGCUUCUCAGCACAUCUAUAACCAUCCGAGAAGAUGCACACACACCAGAAACCUUGAAAGUACAAAUAAUUGGUCUGAGCUCCAAAGUCUUCCAGAGACCUGGGGCCCAGGCGCUAAAAGUUGAAGCAAAGUUAGAGCACUGGUAUGUGACCGGUCUAUGUCAGCAAACAGUUGUCCCGUCUCUUGUAACCUCUAUUGGAACCGGGAAGUCUUCCCUCCUUGAAAUCCUAUUUGAGACCAACCCAGAGAAUAGUAACGCUGACCAGGUCCUGAUACUGCAGUCUCAACCUGUGGAAAUUAUAUAUGAUGCGAUAACUAUCAAUGCUCUAGCUGACUUCUUCCAGACAAACAAGGGAAUGGAUUUGGAGCAGUUAACAUCAGUCACAUUGAUGAAGCUGGAGGAGAUAAAAGAAAAAACAGCUGCAGGUCUUUCCCACAUAAUUGAAACAAGAAAAGUUCUUAAUUUAAGACUAAAUCUCCAACCUUCCUACCUGCUGCUUCCUCAGUCUGGAUUUUAUCAUAGUCAAUCUGAUGUUAUCAUAGUGGACUUUGGUAGCUUCCAGCUUAACAGCAUCGACCAAGAUUCUCACCGGGCAGCUUCAUCUUUGGAAGAGCUGAUGGAUAAAGCUUAUGACAAGUUUGAUGUCCAAAUUAAAAAUGUACAGAUCCUUUUUGGAAGACCAGAAGUAUGGAAGAAAUAUAGAUUUGAAAGCUCAUCUCCUCUGCAUAUCCUUCAACCGCUUGAUAUCGAGGUACAGCUGGCCAAAGCCAUGGUGGAGAGAGACAGCAGAAUGCCCAGAUUUAAGGUAUCCGGAGAGCUACCUCUUUUGCACAUGAAGAUCUCUGAUAAGAAAAUUCAAGAAGUGUUGGCCCUGGUGGACAGCAUACCUCUUCCACAAAAGACAGCCACCACACCCACUAAAGAAAAAAAGAUUAUAAAUAUUGUACCUAGAAAGCCAGAAAAGCUCCUUAAACAGGACAUUGGGAAGUGUCUGCUUUUGUUGGAAGAUGAUUCUGACUCGGAAGAGUAUUUUGACACAGAAGAUGGAACUUCACCAGUGAAAAUAAAAUCUGCCUGCAAGGAACCUGUGAAAACAGAGACUGACUCCUCGGCAGAGGCUGCUGUGGAAGAGCUUACAGACCUUCAUCUUAAAUUUGAAGUGAAAGAGGUGAUGAUUGAACUAAAUAAACAGCAAGAGAAGCAGGAGAGGACCAUCUUGGUGUUCAGUAUACAACAACUUGGAACUGAAGCAUUUGUUAAAACAUACGAUUUAACAGCUGUCUCCUAUUUAAAGAAGAUUAAUCUGGAUUAUUAUGAUAUUCAAGGUAUAAGCAAGCAGCCGCUGCAUUUAAUAAGCUCUUCGGACAAGCAAGGCUUACAUCUUUUAAAAGUAGAAUAUAUUAAGGCUGAUAAAAGUGGUCCACGUUUUCAGACAACAUUUGAGAACACGGAACAGACUCUUAAGGUGGCUUUUUCAUCUAUGGAUCUUUUGCUGCACUCUCGAGCACUGCUUUCUGCUAUCAGCUUCCUAACAGAAGCCAUCCCCAGCCUUCCUGAUAAGUCAGAACAAGGCAAAAAACAGGAGGACAAAGAGACUUUUGUGAAGAGAGCUGCAAAGGCUUCCAAAGAUAAGGACAUUUUCGCUUUCAAACUGUUUGCCAAGCUGGAUGCUUUCAGCGUGAAUGUGUGGGAUGAAAAGAAUCCUAUCGCUGAAAUCAAGAUACAAGGUAUGGAUUCUUCAAUUUUGAUCCAGCAGAAUCAGAUAGAUGUGUUUGCCAGACUGAAGGAUAUUAUUGUCAGUGAUGUCAAUCCGCAAACUAUCCAUAAAAAGGCUGUAUCCAUUAUGGAAGAUGAAGUUUUCAACUUUAAUUUGACUUUAUAUCCUGAGGCCACACAAGGUGAAGCCUACAAAGAUGUAUCCAAGGUUGAUGGGAAGAUGUGUCUAAGAGUGGGGUGCAUUCAAAUAGUGUUCCUCCACAAGUUCUUAGGGUCCCUUGUGAACUUUCUGAAUAACUUCCAGACUGCCAAAGAGAAACUGAGUGCGGCAACGACAGAAGCUGCAAAACGUGCAGCCACCAGCGUAAAGGGCCUGGCAGAGAGAAGUUUUCGUCUUCUCAUGGAUAUUCACUUAAAAGCCCCGGUGAUAGUUAUCCCUCAGUCCUCUGUGUCCAAAAACGCCAUAGUUGCAGAUCUGGGUCUUCUACGAAUACAGAACAAGUUUAGUCUGUUGCCUGCUGAAUGCGAGCAGUUGCCUGCAGUUGUAGACUGCAUGACCAUAACACUGACCAAGUUCAAGCUAUCACGGACUCUCAUGCAUGCAGUUCCUCCCCAGUCUGACAUUCAAAUCCUUUAUCCUAUCAAUCUUAACUUGUUGGUGAAUCGGAAUCUGGCAGCAACCUGGUACCAUAAAAUUCCGGUCAUGGAGGUCAAAGGCCAUCUAGACACCAUGGAUAUUGGAGUCAGCCAAGAGGAUGUCAGCAUACUUUUGAAGGUAUUGGUGGAAAAUCUUGGUGAAGGAGAAACCGGUGCUGUAAAACCAGCCGCUGAGACGAGUGAGAAAUCAAAAUCGAAAACUAUCAAGAAAGUUUUGGCUGAGGUCAGAGCAGAGCCUGAACAAACCAAAUCCUCUGCUCAGAAUCUUCUGCUUAAUUUUGAAAUCAAGGAGGUUGUGAUCCGGCUUCUCAGACAGGUGAGGGGAAGUGGACCACCUCUCCACGUUCUGAGUGUGUCGCAACUUGGGGCUGAAGCAAGAUUGGGGAGCCAUGAAACGACUGCUUCGGUGUAUCUUAAAAAGAUCAGCAUGACAUGCAAUGGGUUUACUGGCCCUUUUGGAGGAUCUCUGCUGCUUAUCAACUCUUCUGAUGACACCAAGGAACACCUUUUAAAUAUGGAAUAUAUAAAGGCUGACAGAAAUAGCCCAGAUUUUAAGACAUUGUACAGCAAUACGGAGCAGAUGCUAAAUGUUUCCAUGUCUUCAUUAGACUUAGUUCUGCACACCCAGGCCUUACUAUCCUUAGUGGACUUCCUGUCCUCUGCCGUUCCUUCUGGAGAUGCUAAAAUAUCUGAAAGAGCCCUGGAAUCAAGUGUACAUGAAGAGGGACAGAAGAGCACAAUAAACAAACUAGAUGUCUCUAGUGUGGGACAGGACGAUUCUUUUAACCUGAAACUGUCUGCAAAAUUUAACGCCUUCAACGUUUUUGUCUGUGAUGAAGCUUGUAAUAUUGCGGACAUUAGGAUACAAGGAAUGGAUGCAUCUGUUGCUGUUCAGACUAAGAAGACUGAGUUGUUUGCUCGCCUUCGAGACAUUGUUGUGCUGGAUGUAGAUCCCAGAACCAUUCACAGAAAGGCCGUAUUCAUAAUGGGGGAAGAGGUCUUCAACUUCCAUAUGUCUCUAUACUCAAAUGCUACCGACGGAGCUGCCUACACAGACAUGUCAACGGUGGACGGCAAGAUGUCUCUUAAAGUGGGCUGCAUCCACAUUGUGUAUUUGCACAAAUUCCUCAUGUCUCUACUAAAUUUUUUAAACAAAUUCCAGACAGCCAAGGAGGCCCUGGGCUCAGCAACUGUCCAGGCUGCUGGGAGGGCUGCAUCUAGCAUGAAAGAUUUUGCUCAGAAGAGUUUUCGCCUCUCCAUGGAUGUUGACCUGAAGGCUCCUGUCAUCAUCAUCCCACAGUCUUCAAUAUCCACCAAUGCCAUUAUUGCUGAUUUGGGAUUAAUUAAAGUCCAGAAUAAGUUUUCAUUGAUACCUGGAGUGACCUGCCCCCUCCCACCAGUAAUUGACAACAUGAACAUCCAACUAACGAAACUACAACUAUCAAGAACGGUUCUCCAGAGCAGUUCUGUGCAGCCUGACCUUCAGAUUCUGCAGCCUGUCAACCUCUUGGUUUCGGUGCAAAGAAAUCUGGCUGCUUCCUGGUAUCCCCACAUCCCCGCUCUUCAAAUUGUUGGAAAUUUAAAGCCAAUGCAGAUUGCUGUGAGUCAGGAUGACCUAACGAUCCUAAUGAGUGUUCUCUUUGAGAACCUUGCAGAGACUCCUUUACUAUCAAGUGCAGCUAAUUCUGGGCAAGGUGUAACUACUGAAGCUGUAGAGAGGGUUAAAAUGGAGACAUGUGAAGCAAGCCAAACUAAAGGUAAACAAACAGAAAGCAUAGAUACUUUGUUAGACCCCGAUGAGGAAAGUGAAGAGUCCGCAGUUACUCUGAAGUUUGACUUUAAUUUUGAAUCACUCUCCAUUGUCCUUUACAACAACGACAACAAAAAGGAGGCUCCAGUCUGGUUGCAUAAUGACAGUUUGCGUCUUGGGGAGAUGAGACUCCAUCUUAUGACCUCAUCGGGAAAGAUGUUUGCAAAUGGGUCUAUGGACUUUUCCACCCAUCUCAGAUCAUGCACUUUGGAUGACCUUAGGGAAGGCAUCACCAAGGCCACUCCUAGGAUGAUUGAUCAGAAAGAUGGCUCCAGUGAACGAAAUAUGAUUGACAUCAACUAUAAACAGACGGGACAGGACCGCUCCGUCACUGCAAUCUUGGAGAAGUUGUAUGUUUGUGCCAGUGUGGAAUUCCUAAUGACCGUAGCAGAUUUCUUUGUCAGUGCAAUGCCCCAGAGUCCAUCUGCAGAAAAAUCUUUGCAAACCCAGCCAAGGCAAGCCAUCCCAUCACAGCCCAAGCCAGAGAAAGGAGAACCUGCAACACAGCAGAGAUUUAUUGUAAAAGCCUUGAUCAUGGAUCCUGAAAUAGUGUUUGUUGCCAACCUGACAAAAGCAGAUGCCCCUGCUCUGGCUGUGUCCUUCCAGGGCAAGGUCACCUUUUCAAAUGUGAACUCAUCCCAGAAGAUUGCAGCAGUCGUGAAGGAACUGAAAGUCUUGGCGUGUCCCUUUCUCAGAGAACUUCGUGGAAAUAACAUCACUACAGUAUUACAGCCCUGCUCCCUGUUAUUGGAAAGCUCCACAGAACGUGAAGGAGAACAGAAUGCCAGCCUCACUGUAGAAGAAGUCAUCAUUAAGAUCUCGCCCAUCAUUUUAAACACAGUCCAGACAAUAGUGGCUGCACUAAAGCCAAAGCCCCAGCAGGAUGCCAGCAAUGAGAAUUUGACUGACCAUAAGAACAUUUGGGAUGUGAAGACAACAGACAGUUGUAACAACUGGUUUUUGGGAGUGGAAACCGCCCAUGAAGUGACAGACUGUCUGCAGAGUGAAGAAGGAACAAAGGAGAUGCAGAACUUUGACGUAGAGGUGAAGGCUGUGCAGGUCACAUUUGAGUGUGGAUUGGGCCAUCGCACAGUGCCUUUACUCCUUGUGGAGUCUACCUUUACUGGAACAGUGAAGAAGUGGACAUCCCUCAUGAAUGUUAAUGCAGAUACCACAUUAGAGGUUCAUUAUUAUAAUGAGAACUAUGCUGUAUGGGAACCACUCAUUGAGAGAGUUGAUGAAGGGAAACGUCGCUGGAAUCUUAAAAUAGAGAUGAAAAAUAAUCCCAUUCAAGACAGAAGCUUACUUCCUGGAGAUGACUUCAUAGUGCUGCCUGAACCACAGUCUGCUAUUACCAUCUCCUCAAAAGAUACAAUGAACAUCACCAUUUCCAAGUGCACGCUGGGAGUGUUCAGUAAUCUGGCAAAGGCUUUCAGCGAAGGCACAGCCUCUACAUUUGACUACUCCUUGAAGGACAAGGCUCCAGUUACUGUCAGAAAUGCACUAGGUGUCCCCAUCAUCUUGCAGCAUGGGACAAACCUGCGGAAAUUAGGCUCACCUAUACACGAGACUGUCCACGAUGUAGCACAGGGGCAGUCGCUGGAUCUUGAAUUUUCUGCCGUGGAGCAGCUUAAUCGGGGAAGAGUUUCUGCGCUUCACCGCCAAGAAAGUAGCCUCUUUACGCUGAGCAUUGUUCCCCAAGGGUAUACAGAGAUGACAAAUAUCCCUAUCACCAAGCCAGCCCGACGCCUAUAUAAUGUGCGCAGUCCACUGCAGGAGGCUUGUGUCUCUGUUGUCUUGCAGAUUGACGCAACUGAAGGGAAUAAAGUUAUCUCUGUCAGGUCUCCCCUACAGGUCAGGAACCAUUUCUCAAUCCCAUUUACAGUGUACAAGUUCGUACCAAAUGCUAAGCUUCUGGAGCCUAUUGGGGUUUCCAGACAAGAUGAGGAAUUCCAUGUUCCCCUUGACUCCUACAGGUGUCAGCUUUUCUUGAAGCCUUCUGGUCCACUGGAAGGCCAGUUUAAAGAAUCCACCACCUACAUUACGUGGAAGGAAAUGCUGCACAGGAGCAGCGAGGUGAAAUGCACUCUUUAUUGCCCGGCUGUUGAGGUCAACUUCCUACCAUUGAUAGUGAACUGCCACGCUGUACCAGAUGAAAUCAAUUUUGUUGCUAGCAAUGGGGAGAAUGACUGGGAUCCUGCAUACAUUAUUCAUCUGUAUCCCUCACUGACCAUCAGGAACCUUUUGCCUUACUCUCUCCGAUACCUGCUGGAGGGCACUGCAGAGGCACAUGAGUUGGCAGAAGGCAGUAGUUGUGAUGUUUUGCAUUCACGGAUCAAUGGGGAGAUCAUGGAGCUUGUUCUGGUUAAGUACCAGGGCAGGAACUGGAAUGGGCAUUUGCGAAUUCGUGAAGGUCUUCCAGAAUUCUUUCCUGUCUGCUUUACUGCAGAUACUUCUGAAUCCAUGACAGUAGACAUCCAUGUUCACGUGAGACGUAUUGGGAAUCGCAUGUUGCUCUCUGUCUUCAGCCCGUAUUGGAUCAUCAAUAAGACGUCGCGCAUCCUGCAGUACCGGGCAGAGGAUAUUCACGUGAAACACCCAGCAGAUUACAGAGAUGUGAUAUUGUUCUCAUUCAAAAAAAAGAAUAUCUUCAGCAAGAAUAAGAUACAACUGUGCAUUUCUACAAGUUCUUGGUCCACUGGGUUUUCCCUGGAUACAGUUGGAAGUUACGGAUGUGUGAAAUGCCCUGCUGGUAAAAUUGAGUAUUUGGUUGGCGUGAACAUUAAAAUGAGCAGCUUUAAUCUCACCCGUAUUGUCACCCUUACUCCUUUCUACACUCUGGUGAACAAAUGUGAUCUUGAGCUUGAGGUUGGGGAAAUAACAGCAGAUGGAUCAUUGCCAGACUUCAAAUGGCAUUAUGUCUCUUCCUCUGAGUGCGUGCCCUUUUGGCCUGAGAAUGUGUCGGGGAAAAUGUGCGUCAGAGUGAUUGGAUGUGAAGGACCAUCCACACCGUUUUUCUUCAACAAACAGGAUAACGGUACCCUUCUGAGCCUAGAAAGCAUGAAUUCAGGACUCAUGGUCAGUAUCAGUGUAUCUGACCAUUCCAUAGUAAUUAGGUUCUCAAAUUAUUAUGAAGGAGCUGCACCUGCCCUUAUCAUGAACCACACUCCUCGGUCUCCACUAACAUACAUGCAGAGUGGGACACUAGAGGAACAAAAACUUAAUCCAGGGGAGGCAAAGCUUUUUGCAUGGGCAGACCCAACAGGCAUCAGGAAGCUGACCUGGAAAUACUCACAGAACAUUGGGGAACUUGACCUUUUGAAGGAUGAAAGUGGACAGUUUGCACACAAUCAGGACAUUCAGAUACAUUGGGUGUCAUUCCUUGAUGGGCGUCAGAGAGUGCUUCUGUUUACAGAGGACGUGGCCUUAGUGACUAAAGCACGUCAAGCAGAGGAGAUGGAGCAACCAGAUCAAGAAAUUACCAUCUCCAUUCAUAGCUUGGGCCUGUCGCUUAUUAACAAUGAAAACAAGCAAGAAAUUUCGUAUAUAGGGAUUACCAGUUCUGGCAUCAUAUGGGAGAUGAAACCAAAGCAAAAGUGGAAGCCCUUCAACCAGAAACAAAUAAUGCAACUAGAACAGGCCUAUGAGAAAUACCUCAAUUCUGUGGAGACACAAUGGAUAAAAAUAGACAACAACUUUGAGGUCAGUUUUAGCAAAAUUCCAAUGGAAAUGCGCCUGCCAAUAAGGUGCAGCAUCAGGAGAAACUUCUUAUCUGGAAUUAAUGUAGAGUUCAAGCAGUCUCCUCACCAGAGGAGCUUAAGAGCUCAGCUGUACUGGCUUCAGGUUGAUAACCAGCUUCCUGGGUCAAUGUUUCCUGCUGUGUUCCAUCCUGUCGCACCACCUAAAUCUAUUGCCUUGGAUUCAGAACCCAAACCUUUCAUUGACGUCAGCAUUAUAACACGGUUCAAUGAAUUCAGCAAAGUCAUACAAUUUAAGUACUUCAUGGUUCUUAUUCAGUGCAUGGCCUUGAAGGUUGAUCAGGGCUUUCUUGCUGCAAUUAUUGGACUGUUUACUCCAGAUACUGAUCUAGAAGCUGAAAAACAGCGGACACAGCUCAUCCAGAAGGAUCUAGAUGCACUGAACACAGAAUUGAUGGAAUCGUCUAUGACUGAUAUCACCACUCUGAACUUCUUUGAACUUUUCCACAUAUCUCCAGUAAAGUUACAUCUCAGCCUCUCUCUAGGGGCAGGUGGGGAAUCCUCUAAUAAAGAAGAAAAGGAAAUUGUUGCCAUCAGCUCAGUAAACCUUCUCCUUAAAAGCAUUGGGGCCACCCUCACAGAUGUGGAUGAUCUCAUAUUCAAGCUGGCCUGCUUUGAAGUGAGGUAUCAGUUCUACAAACGGGACCAACUUAUGUCACUGGUUACACGACAUUACACUGAACAGUUCCUAAAACAGGUGUAUGUCCUUCUGUUGGGUCUUGACGUGCUGGGCAAUCCCUUUGGCUUGAUUAGAGGUUUGUCAGAAGGUGUAGAGGCUUUCUUCUAUGAACCUUUCCAGGGAGCAGUGCAAGGUCCAGAGGAAUUUGCAGAGGGAUUGGUUAUUGGAGUAAAGAGCCUCCUUGGACACACAGUGGGGGGUGCAGCUGGUGUGGUGUCACGCAUCACAGGGUCUGUUGGUAAAGGCCUGGCUGCCAUAACCAUGGACAAAGAGUAUCAGCAAAAAAGGAGAGAAGAAAUGGGAAGACAGCCCAAGGACUUUGGCGACAGUUUGGCUAAGGGAGGGAAGGGACUGUUGCGAGGUGUUGUUGGAGGAGUAACUGGAAUAAUCACCAAGCCCGUGGAAGGAGCAAAGAAGGAGGGUGCAGCUGGCUUUUUCAAGGGUAUAGGAAAAGGUCUUGUCGGAGUUGUGGCUCGUCCGACAGGUGGAAUCAUUGACAUGGCCAGCAGCACUUUCCAGGGAAUACAGAGAGUUGCUGAAUCUACAGAAGAUGUUUCUCCACUACGUCCUCCUCGACUUAUUCAUGAAGAUGGCAUCAUCAGACCGUACAAUGAAACAGAAGCUCAGGGUUUAAACUUAUUUGAGAAUUCCAGUAUCAAGAAGCUGGAUGGGGAAAUUUUCAGAUACUCUUGCCUCCCAAACAAGAAUAAGAAAUUCAACCUUGUGGUUACCAACAGGAGGGUGAUGUUUGUAAAAGAAGUGGAAAUUUUGGGACAUAGAAAUAUCGAUUGGGAUUACUCAUUUGAAGAGUUUCUCCGUCCACCAGCUGUGGAAGAAAAUAUCCUGACUUUAUUUGUGAAGGAUCACAGUAUCUUCCAUAAAAAAGACGCUGCCAAUCAAGAGAUCCAGAAAAGGAUCCCUCUGCAAGACAAAGUUGUGGCUCAGAAGGUUCUCAAUGCCAUUGAUGAGGCUUGUGCAACUCGGAAGCAGCAGACGUUAGUGAGACAGAAAUCUGAGCGGUUUAUCCAGCAGUACCAAUGCUAGCUGGGUAAAGGUUUUUAGUUUUGUAAGGCUAUUUCUUCUCCGUUGCGUCAUGCCCUGCAUUACAUCAAGGUCUUGGUCUCUUUGGGGUUGGUCUGUGACUCCGUGCACUGCCGUACAUACAUACCAAGAUUUAAACUUGAGCUUUAUUUUUUCAAACGAGCGUUAUGUGCAAUAACCAUGCUCUCUCGACUGUUGCUGAUCAUAAUCUGUGCUUAGAAGAAAGAGAUGAAAUAUAUACUUGUAUACAUGUAUACUAUUUGAAUAUGUUUGUUACAAUAAACUGAACCACUGACAUUUUGUAAAAUGGAUGCACUUAAUUAAAAGAAAAAAAAAAGGA